AUGUUUGGCCGCUUCCCGGGAAGCCGGGUUUUCGUACACGUUGCGGUUCCUGGAGGACAAACGGAAAUCACAGUAUUUCGCAUGGGAUCAGAAGGACACCAGGAUAUUGAUUUAGCUAUCCUGACAGCAUUAUUGAAAGGAGCUAACGCAUCUGCUCCCGACCAGCUGAGCCUAGCAUUAGCCUGGAACAGAGUAGACAUCGCCCGCAGUCAGAUCUUUAUUUACGGGCAACAGUGGCCGGUGGGCUCCCUUGAGCAAGCAAUGCUGGAUGCACUGGUGUUGGACAGAGUGGAUUUUGUGAAAUUACUCAUAGAAAAUGGAGUAAGCAUGCAUCGUUUUCUCACCAUCUCCCGGCUAGAGGAAUUGUACAAUACGAGACAUGGACCAUCCAACACUCUGUAUCAUCUAGUCAGGGACGUCAAAAAGCGAGAAUAUCCAGGUUUCGGUUGGAUCUAUUUUAAGGGAAACUUACCUCCUGAUUAUCGGAUAAGUCUGAUUGAUAUUGGUUUGGUGAUAGAGUACCUAAUGGGAGGAGCGUAUCGAUGCAAUUACACCCUUUUCAGAACACUGUACCACAAUUUAUUUGGGCCGAAGAGGCCAAAAGCCCUGAAACUGUUGGGAAUGGAGGAUGAUGUUCCUUUGCGGCGAGGGAGGAAAACAACAAAAAAAAGAGAAGAAGAAGUUGAUAUUGAUUUGGAUGACCCUGAGAUCAAUCAUUUUCCCUUUCCAUUCCAUGAGCUGAUGGUGUGGGCUGUGCUGAUGAAGCGUCAGAAGAUGGCCCUCUUCUUUUGGCAGCACGGGGAAGAGGCUAUGGCUAAAGCACUUGUGGCCUGUAAACUUUGCAAAGCCAUGGCCCACGAAGCAUCAGAAAAUGACAUGGUGGAUGACAUAUCCCAAGAGCUGAACCAUAAUUCCAGGGACUUUGGACAGUUGGCAGUGGAGCUGUUGGACCAGUCAUACAAGCAGGACGAGCAACUGGCAAUGAAACUGCUAACCUACGAGCUGAAGAACUGGAGCAAUGCCACAUGCCUGCAGCUCGCAGUGGCAGCCAAGCACAGGGACUUCAUUGCUCACACUUGCAGCCAAAUGCUGCUCACAGAUAUGUGGAUGGGUCGUCUACGGAUGCGCAAAAAUUCUGGCCUAAAGGUAAUUCUAGGAAUUCUACUUCCUCCUUCAAUCCUCAGCUUGGAGUUCAAGAACAAAGAUGAUAUGCCUUACAUGUCCCAGGCCAGCGAGAUCCAUCUUCAAGAGAAGGAGCCAGAGGAACCAGAGAAGCCAGUGAAAGAAAAAGAAGAGGAGGACAUGGAACUCACUGCAAACAGCAGGAGCUGCCCACAGGAUCCCGUCUGCAGGCAGGCAGAAGGACCUGCCUACAGGACCCAAUAUGCAGGCAAGCCGAAGGAGCAGCCCACAAGACCCACCUACAGGACUCGUUUGCAGGCAAUGCUGGGACGAGGGAAUGGAGAGUCCUCAAGAAAGAAAGAUGAAGAGGAAGUUCAGAGCAGGCACAGACUGAUCCCUGUUGGAAGAAAGAUUUAUGAGUUCUACAAUGCUCCCAUCGUCAAAUUUUGGUUCUACACGCUGGCAUAUAUAGGUUACUUGAUGCUGUUCAAUUAUAUAGUGUUAGUGAAGAUGGAUCGCUGGCCAUCUACACAGGAAUGGAUUGUCAUCUCGUACAUUUUCACUCUGGGAAUAGAGAAGAUGAGAGAGAUAUUGAUGUCAGAUCCCGGGAAACUGUUACAGAAAGUAAAAGUUUGGCUCCAGGAGUACUGGAAUGUUACUGAUCUCAUAGCUAUACUCCUGUUCUCUGUUGGGAUGGUGCUGCGUCUGCAAGAUCUGCCACUCCGGAGUGAUGGCCGAGUGAUAUACUGUGUUAACAUCAUUUACUGGUAUAUACGGUUAUUAGACAUCUUCGGAGUAAACAAGUAUUUGGGACCAUAUGUUAUGAUGAUUGGGAAAAUGAUGAUAGACAUGAUGUACUUUGUCAUCAUCAUGUUGGUGGUUCUGAUGAGCUUUGGUGUCGCAAGACAGGCUAUUCUCUUCCCCAAUGAGGAGCCUUCGUGGAAGCUGGCGAAAAACAUUUUUUACAUGCCUUAUUGGAUGAUCUAUGGGGAAGUGUUUGCAGACCAGAUAGACCGUAAGCAAGUUUAUGAUUCUCAUACUCCAAAGUCAGCUCCUUGUGGUCAAAAUGAAACCAGAGAAGAUGGCAAAAUAAUCCAGCUACCUCCCUGCAAGACAGGAGCAUGGAUUGUUCCUGCCAUCAUGGCCUGUUACCUCUUGGUUGCAAACAUCCUUUUGGUGAACCUCCUUAUUGCUGUUUUCAACAAUACAUUUUUUGAAGUCAAAUCCAUAUCCAACCAAGUAUGGAAGUUUCAAAGAUACCAGCUAAUCAUGACAUUUCACGAAAGGCCUGUUCUCCCACCACCUCUGAUCAUUUUCAGCCAUAUGACUAUGAUAUUCCAACACCUCUGCUGCAGAUGGAGGAAGCAUGAAAGCGACCCAGAUGAGAGAGACUAUGGAUUAAAACUUUUCAUAACUGAGGAUGAACUGAAAAAAGUCCACGAUUUUGAAGAGCAGUGCAUAGAAGAGUAUUUUAGAGAAAAGGAUGACAGAUUCAAUUCCUCCAAUGACGAAAGAAUCCGUGUCACUUCAGAAAG